AUGAAUAAAUUUUCAUAUGAAAAAAAUCUUUGGCCACCAUAUCGAUUACAUAAACCAAAAGAUCAAUUUCAAACAAAUCUAAGAUGUAUUCUUCAAAGUCGAUAUUUACAUGGAGUUUUCUUUUCUAUUUGUCAUUGGAUGAUGAAUGAAACAAUUAUUCACGAAGAUAUUUUAUCAUUAUUAGUUUAUCUUUGUGAAUUAGCUAUUGAUGAACAAAUUCGUCGAUUAAAAUAUGGUGAAUUUCUUAAUGGUUAUGCUCCAUCAACUAUUCAAUCACCUCAAUGUCAUAACAAUUCAGAUAUUAAUCAUUCAAUUUCAUUAGAAACACUGACGUCGUUAGAGGAUGAAAAUAUUGAUGAAUGUCAAAAACAACAACAACCAAUAGAAUUUUCUGUAACAGAACCAACUUUAUUUGGAGUUAACAUUAAUGGAGAUUAUGGGAAUCUUCGUAUAAUUAAUACAAAAGAAUCAUCAAAUCUGAUUCAUAUACCAUAUGGUAAUUCAAAAAUAAAUUCAUGUCGAGAAACUAAUAAACGAGAAUGUUUAAAUGAAGUUGAACAAUGUUAUACUCAUAGUGCAAUCAAAUUUAAUCAAAUUUCUGAACAUGAACAACAAAUUCAAAAACAAUGGGAUGAACUUAUUAUGGCAAAAGAUUCAUCUGUACAUAAUCAAAUGUCUUAUUCGAUGCCAUUUUAUGAUCUUGAAAAUCAAUUUAUUAGAUCAGAUUCUUUAAACUCACAACAUUGUCAAAAUAAUUACGAUAAACAAGAACAAGAACAUACUCAACCACAAAUAAAAAACAAAAAAGAGAAAAUAGAAGGAAUUAUCGAUGGAAAAUAUGAAACAUUUUAUGAACAAGAUAAUUUUCUUAUAAAUGCUCAUACUAUUAUUGAAAAAAUCUCUUUUGAACGAGUUAUACUUGAUAUUGAAAAUGAUACUACUGAAUCUGUAUUCAAAGAAGAAUCACAUACAGAAAAAAGUUGUACAAAUAUUCAUCUUGAUCGACCAUCGAUAAACUUUAGUACAGUUUCAAUACAAACAAAUUCUAAAUAUAUAACUGAAACGAAAUGUAUCAAUAUGUCUUUAGUACAAAUGCUCAUUCAUCUUCUAUCUAAAAUAAUAUUAAAUAUAAAUGAUAUGAACAAUAAUAAAAUUUCAUUGAGUCAUUUACUUGAUAAAGCUCGUAUGAAAAAAGGAUCGGAAAGAAUAGGUAAUGGUACUGUUUAUCUUGCCAGUCUGCUAAUUAAACUUGAACAAUUAUGUGAUGAAUGUAAAGUACAAAUCAAUGAAACAGUUAAUCAAUUAGAACAUAAUCAAUCGAAUAAUAAUAUAAAUAAUAUUAACAACAAAACUAAGGCUAAAGCAAUGCAACAAAAAAUAUUUGAUGAUAUAGCUAAAAAACAACUAAAAAUUUUAACAGCAUCGAAUGAUGAACAUAAAGAAGAAGUUUUAACAAGUGAUGAUAAAGACAAUAAUGUCGAAUGUUGUAUUUGUCAAAGUAAAGAUGAUCAAAAUCUACUUGGACUAGUUGUUAGAUUAACUGAUACAGGCGUUCUUGGAGUUCGACAAGUUAGCAAUAUUUCGGAUAAUUAUCUACCAUUAUCUAAUGAUGACUCUAAUAAUGAUGAUUCUUCGUUGAAAGAUCUCUUAACUUGCUGUCACUUCUCUACUAAACCAAAUAAUAAAGAGCAAUCAUCUAUGAUCAAAAAAAUUGAACCUGUUUAUCAGAAAUAUAAACAUAAACAUGAACUAACAUGUGCUGAAUAUUAUGAAGAUAAAAUACGUGCUAUGCUUCAAGUUUUUUCUGAAGAAAGUGCAUCCAAGUCUGUUACAAUUAGUUGGAGAACGGGCGUAGUUAUUGAUUCUUGUGGUCAUUCAAUACAUUUAUCAUGUUAUGAACAAUAUUUAAAAUCUCAUAUUAAAAAAAUUAAUAUAGAAAUCGAUCUACAUAAUGAAUUUAAAUGUCCAAUGUGUCGUCAACUAUCAAAUGCACUAAUUUAUAGUCCACUAAUUAGUAAACAAAAUGAAUUAAAUGAACAUUUAAUUGAUUCAAUUACUAAUCUCAUUGAAAAAAAUGUUAAACCCUGUAUUUCUCCUCCAAUAGCUGAAUGGUUAAUAAAUUUUAUUCAAAAAAUGUAUAUGAUGGUAAAUAAGAGUCAACGAACAAUUAAUAAACAUGAGAAAGAAUUAAAUAAUGAUAUUAUUGAAUUAUUUAUUGUUUCUAUACUUAGAUUUAAUCUAGAGAAUGAUUCACUCAUUCGAGAUACUGAACAUAUUCUUGUAACAAUAAUCAAUCGAAAAUCAUGCUUUCGUGAAUUAUUUUAUAUCUGCAGUUUACAAUAUCCACAUCUAUUGAAUAAUUCACAUAUUUCACUUUGGUGUCGAAUUACUGGUCUAAUGGCGACGAAGUUAGAAAAUAAUGAUCAUGAUGAUACAGGAAUUAUUUAUAAACAAGUUGUUCCAUUAUUACUUUCUGAUCCAGUUGCUUUACUUCUUCGAAUCAUGCUUAGUUUAUCUAAUUCAAUUACAAAAGAAUCUUAUCAAGUCAUAGUACAAGCUAUAUUUAAUCUAGUUUAUAUUCAAGCAUUAUUCACAAUUGUUAGUGAAAUGAAUAAAAGUGAGCAAGAAAUAUGGAGUAAUAUUCACAAGAAUAAAUCUGAAAAUAAUAUGAUGAAAUAUCUUCGUAUUAUAUCAUUUAAGUUAUUGCAAUCUAAUUUUAACUCAGAUGCGGAUAACUCAAAAGUUUGGUCUCUUGAAUCAAUUAAUGCAUCGAUUUAUGAACGAUGUGGAAACUUCAUUAAAAUAGCUGCUCUCAUACAACAUCAUCUUUAUCAACCAAUAACAUGGUGGUUUCCGGGUCGUCAAUUUCAAUUUGAUAUUUUAUGGAAAAAUUUGAUUCAAGAAUUACAAUUGUAUGAUUUUGGUCAGCCAUAUUGGUAUUGUAAUGAUUCAUUAUCUUUAAUUAUCAAUUGGUUAGAUGAACUAUUUCUAAUCAAUAAUCAAUAUUCAAUAUUUGUUCGACAUAUUGCUCAUGCCAUACCUUCGUUUGAUUCACCACGCUUUAUUGAUUUACCUGCAUGUUAUUCAGAUUUAUUUCAAUCAUGUAAUCGUCUUCAUUGUUCUUAUUGUCGAGCACUAGUUACUGAACCUAUUUUAUGUUUAAUCUGUGGAAUUGUUUAUUCAAAAGAAGGUUCUGAAACAAAAUGUUGUAUUCAACAAACACAUUCUAUCAACGAGCAUUUCAUUGCAUGUAAUGAUGGUUUACAUAUAUCAAUAAAUAUUAAUUCUACAAAAACAUUAAUUCAACGAAAACAACGUUAUACUUAUUGGGCAUCACUUUAUCUUGAUAAACAUGGUGAAGAAGAUAUUAAUCUUAGACGAGGUCGAAUAUUAUAUUUGAAUGAAAAUCGAUUAAAAUUACUCUAUUCAGCAUGGAUUUCAACUAAUCUUGAUCAACUCACAAAUCGAUGGUCGACUGAUCAAUUUGAUUUUUAA